AGCUCUCGCAGCGACGCGCAUGUUGAACCCCCGUUUAAUUGCCAUGCACCUCAGCUCCUAGUAGUGAACACCGGUGAUCUGAAUAUCUGCAGCAAACAUAUCGUAGUGUGGCUCCUACCAGUGGGCGCAAUCGACAUAUAAACCGGGAUUCGAUCUGUUUUUGAGCAAGUGCUGGCGGCCUUCGAUGCCUGAAUACGAUAGUGUUCGCGAUGACAUAUUGCUCAUGCUUCCUGAAGACGAUCGCGCACAGCUGCAAGGUUGUGCCAAUCAUCAAGUCCGUGAUUGGAUAACCGCGAGAUACCUCGCCGUUCAACGCUACUCGUCGAUUCUGCAAACCGUUCUCAAUGCAACCCUUGCUGUGAACUCGUUGCCGAACGAGAUUUUCGUCGACAUCCUGGGUUUGGCCAGCCCGGAGCAAGACUAUCGCAACACAUGGAUCACGAAGGCUACGGGAGUGUGUCGCUUCUGGAGAGACACCAUAAUCAACACACCGCUCUUAUGGACCACAAUCGACCUGACGGCGAAAACACACUUCGUAGAGCUAUGCCUCGCUCGCGCCAAUGGCGCAGACAUCAGCAUACGUCUACCUGGUCCAUUCGGGGUCUACUCAAAGAGAAAUGUCAACGUGGACUUCCCCGAGAUCGCCCCUCUGCUUAUUCCAUGGAGUUCGCGGAUCAAGCGCAUUGACCUCUAUAUUGACGAGGCCUCAAGCAAUGACGUACCGACGAAUUCGCUCUGGCAACUAAUGGAUGUUCCACUGCCUGCGCUCACCUCGCUGGCCCUGGACUCGAACAGAUUACAAUGGGCGCCGAGUCCUCUCCCUAAUCUCCGGCACCUGUCCUUGUCUACCGUCACACCAGACUGGACGAGACUACCAUUGUCGCAGUUAACAUCCUUAACGCUUUCCGAACUUCCAUUUGUCGAGCAUGCCCCAUUCGCAUCCGUCUUGAGUGUACUAGAAGCAUGUCGCUCCCUGGAGUUCUUCAGAUUCGAGGGCUUCAAAGUGAACCUCCAGGCACCAUAUCCGAGUCGUACCUUAUCACUGCCUCGGAUUCGGCACGUCUAUCUCCGAGGAAUGCCGCUGAGUACUGCAAUCCUACUCGCCCAGCUCUCGCUAUCACAGGACGCUCGUCUCUGGCUUGAGCCUUACCACUACUACGAAGAGACCACACGUGUACUCGACGUUAUACUGCCCAAGGACACGAAGAACCUACCCACCGUCGGCAAAGCGCAGCAUCUGAUGGUAUUGAUCUACGCGGACGCGCCCGACGAACCCCCCGAACUCAUCGUAUAUGCCGACGUAGAUCGUACGGACUUCUGGACGUCGAAGCCCUGGAGGUCUUGGUCUUACGAGUUACCCUGGGACUUUCCAAUUGGGGGACCUUUCGAGGUGGUACCAUCCUUCUUUGUGAGGCAUACAGUGCAUUCAUGGCACGGAAAUGCUCAGUGGAACGGACUCCGAUUCAUCAUGCAAGAACUCGGUGAUUUCUUCACCGCCACUGUGGAGACCCUCGUCCUACGCGGAAUCACAAGUCUCGUCGACGUGCAAACAUGGGCACAAACGAUGGCGGCCUUCCCAAACCUCAAGGAGCUCGAGAUCAUUGGGCAAGACUGCGAUAUGCAUAACUUCCCUGCCGCACUGGAACCGACGUCAUCCGGGAUUCCCUGUGCGCAGCUGCGCGACGUUGUUCUGUUAUAUCGGCCGAGGAAAAGGUCUGGGAGCCUCAGAAUGUUGCAAGGACUUCGCACGGCGCUGCAGAUGCGCCUAGAAGUGAAGGGCGGGUCGCGCCUGCGAUCUCUCAGCCUCCUCCUGGUCACGGAAAGGAACGACAGGGUUUUCCCGCCCGCGUUUGUCAUGGAGCAACUACCGGCUGUGUUCAGGGAGACGCUGGAUGGCUUGAAGUCGGUGGUGGAAUCGUUUGUGUUCAGACCCAACACUGGUGAAGGGGAUGUCCAGGGGGAAGAAGGGCACGAACGUAGUAUAGAAGGUGAGGCCAUAGAGGAAGAUACAUGUGACUGGGAAUUUUGGUAAUGCACCGAAGAGAACGGAGGAGGGGA